UUUAACCCUUGGGACGGUAUAGAAUCCAAAGAUAGCAGAAGGCGUCUUGGGGAACUAGUGACGAGAGGUUUCAUCCAUGGCGACAAGCAGAGCACCUUCAAACGAUGUUCUUCUGCGGCAGCUGAGAGAUGGAACCGCCGUGUUCGAGCUCCAGCCGCCGAUCUCCCACUCUCCUACCAUAAUUCCGUUUUUCGCUAGAAUUGGGCCUUCCCUGGGUAAGGUUUCACCUGCAAUGAAGAAAGUGCAACGCUAUUCGGUUCAGAAAGUCACAGGUGAUGGGCGUUGCAUGUUUCGCGCGCUGGUAAAAGGAAUGGCUCACAACAAAGGAAUUUCACUUGGUCCUGGGCAAGAGAGAGACGAUGCAGAUGAACUUAGGAUGGCUGUGAAAGAGAUCAUAUGUGAAAGUGACAAAGACAGACUUGAUUAUGAAGAAGCUUUGGUUGCAAUCACUGUAGAUGAGUCUUUAAAACGGUAUUGCCAACGAAUUCAAUGGCCUGAUUUUUGGGGAGGCGAAUCAGAAUUACUGGUGUUGUCAAAGUUAUGUCAUCAGCCAAUCAUUGUAUACAUACCUGAACAUGAGCAUACUGGUGGAACAAGGAGCAAUAGUUUUAUUCCUAUCGCCGAGUAUGGGUUAGAAUUCAGCAAGGCCUCAAAGCAGAGAAAGAAAAGGAUGCCGGUGAAGUUGUUAUAUAGUGGUAACAACCACUAUGACCUGCUUGUUUAAAAUUUGACAAUUUCCCAACCAAAACAUUUUCAUGCUUCCAGUGUUCUUCAUCCGACAUAGCUUCAUCAAAGAGAAUGUGUUCACUCUGUAUCUGUGACUUUCCUCUUGCUUUCUGUAGUCCUUACUGUGAACUCCAUCAGAAGAAAUCAGUACAACUUUUUCUCCCAAUGAACUAAUUCUUUGUUUC